AUGUCCAACAAAAAUGUCCGCAAAGCUGGUUUCACUUCAUCCGGGAUCAAAAAAGGAUCCAUUGCUUCAUCGAUGAUGUCCAAGGAAGCAAAAGCGGCCGGAGGAGGUGUGCGUUCUGGAGGCCCUACUGCUACUCUCCAAGGAAUGGGUGCCAAAGGCUCAGCCAAUUCAUCAGGUUUUACCAAAAGUGGGAUCUCCAGUGAAUCCAAGGCCUCUCAGAUGAUGUCCAAGGAGGCCAAAUCCCAUGGAGGUGGAACUCCCAAGGGCAGUACAACUGCCACUGUCCAGUCCAUCUCAAUGGGUGGCAAAGGAAGCACUGAUUAG